CAUUAUUCUUCUCUUGAACAUAUGGGUUUAUUUUUUUUCCCACUAGGUGGCGGUGGUGAAUUAUUUGGGAGGAACAAAACUGUUGGGAAAAAAAGACAUUUCAUCCGGUGUUUACAUUCAAGAGCACCUCAGCUCAGUCGCUCUAAGAUGGACGGUGGUGGAGCGUACGGUGGUGGAAAAGCUGGUGCACCCUUCGACCCAAUUGCAUUUGUACAAAGGCCUCAACAGCAAAGGAUACAGAGAAGAUAUCAGUGGAAAAGAAUACUGCCUUUAUAAUAAAGACACAAAUGCUUGCCAGUAUGGUGUUGGCAUUGGUGUUAUUGCAUUUUUAGCAUCUAUUGGUUUCCUUGCUGGCGAGUAUUUGUUCGAGCAAAUGUCUUCUGUUAAAACUAGAAAGCAUUAUGUACUUGGAGAUCUUGGAUUUUCCGGAUUUUGGGCAUUUUUAUAUUUCGUUGGAUUUUGCUAUUUGACGAACGCCUGGAACAAGUCUGAAACACCCAAAGAUGGUUACGGAGUUAAUAAUUUACAAGCAGCUAUUGCAUUUUCAUUCUUCUCGAUUUUCACAUGGGCAGGAAGUGCUUGGUUUGCAUUCCAGCGAUUCAAACAGGGAACAGACGCAGCAUUUGCACCGAGCUACGAAGCGGAUCCAGUCGGCGGUGCUGGAUACACGAGUUAUCCCGACGCGACGGAUGCGGCUUACCAAGAGCCCGGGUAUCCUCAACAGCAGCAGCAACAGCAGCAGCGAGGUAUGGGCGAGUUCCAAGCACCUGCUUACUAA